UGGCCAAUGAGCCGUCCAAUUUUUUUGUUUUUUUAAUCAGUGGUCGUACGUAGCUUCCAGGCAGUGUGCCGGAAGUGGAUAGCUCCUCUGCAGGAAGUACGUUUGUUGUCUUCUGGUUGUCCCAACAUGUCCCCCAAAAAACGUGGUGUUCGGGCCAGGUGUAAUAAGGCGGACAGGAGCGAUGAGGUCAUGGCGAAUUUUAGGUUGGAGCUGUGCUCCAGCGACGACGAAGCGCCCGAGGAGGUAACCUUUGAGGAUUCCAAGGCCCAGGCGCUGCGCAGUGUCAAGCAGGCCCUGGAAAGUGCGAGAAGGGAGAAGGAUCUGCUGAAGGAGAGGAGGAAGAAGAGGCAGGAACUCUUUCAAGAACAAAAGAAGAGAAAACUUCUUUCUGCGGAACUUCUGGAAGAAAUCGACUCGUUACAAGAAAAAAAAAGAAAAAGAAAAAGACAAAACAGGAGCCAGAGCAAUGCUGAAGCAACAUCCCAAGAUGAAGACCACCAUCAACAGGAAGAAAUGACACCGACAAAGAAAAAGCAGCAAAAACUGGAACACUCCAGAAAACUGAAGGGGAACUACAAGGUGAUGACUGUGAAGCCUCAAGCAUUGGCAUACUUUCAGAAGAAGGCGGCCGAGGACUUCCUUGAGUCGAGGCUGUACGGCAAGGGAAGUCGCCGUGCCACUAGCAGCCAAGAGCUGUCCCUUCAAAAUAAGACUGCAAGUACCAAAGGUGGAGCAGUUCAGUUUGUCAAGAGCCAAUGGGCUCGUGAGAAAAAGAGCAAAGCGGAAAAGCUGAAGCUUCGGUGGAUACGCAAGAAGAUAGCGUCCAUCUGAUUGGUCGCCUGCAAGGACACACCCUCUCCCUUCUCUGUGACUGGACUGCAAACAAUUUUGGCUAUGUGGAAAUACGGAGAGGUCAAACUUGACCGGGUCGACGGUCCUGGGACUGAAUUUUCUCGACUUAUGUGUGAGGACCAAUCACAGACAACCCUUCUUUCUGCUGGGAACAGUUGCGACGGCAACCAUUGCCCUGUGUAUGUUCAUGACAGUUGGUGCAUUGUCUUUUUUUGUUUUUUUUUUUUUCUGUGAAUUUUGAGUAAUCACAGGAUCGUGUCAUGAGAAUUUUGAUAGAUGGGAAAAAUUAAACAUUUUCCAGAGGAGAAAAUUCUCUAGCGCUUGUCCUCAUUAGGGUCACGGGUAGCUGGAGUUGAUUCCAGCUGACUGGAGGUGGGAUUGGUCACCAGCCAGUAAUUGUCAGGACAUAUCAACAAAUGGCAGGUUGUUAGUCCUGCACACCGUUGGGAAAAGUGAGAGGAAAAACUGCUGCCCAAAUUCUAACGCAGAACUGCAAGAUAGAUGUGCUACCCAC